AUGCGAGUGAGGAUUGGGCCGCCGCGGAAAUUGCGCAAACCCGAAAGUGCAAAGGUAAAGGACCCUUCCUUCCGAUGUUCGGUUGCUCUCUGUUUCCUUCGUUCCCGUUGUGUGUUGUGGGCUGGGGAAGUCGGGGAGUUCGGGGGGUUUCCGCAGGUGAUGGGCGGUGGGGGCUGCACGGUGCAGACUGGAACAAGUUUCUCGCACUGUGCGACGGCGCAGUUAUGGGUGAUGGCUGCACAGUGCGAUCGUGCUUUUUUGCCGCACAGUGCAAAAAAAAACUUUUUUCAUGCACUGUGCAGUGGCGACACACGUCAAAGAAAAAGUGAAAAAACAAAGAACCUCGGAUCAUUGAUUUUUGACGAAAUGUCGCUGAAUUAUCGAGUCACAAAAGAAAACUUUCCCAGAGAAUUUCGAGAAAAAUGUUUUUUUCGAAGAGGAAAAUAAUUUUUCAAGCUCGAUAAUUCUGUGGCACUUCGCAAAAAAUCAAUGAUCCGAGAUUCCUUGUUUUUUCAAUUUUCUGAAAGAAUUGUUUUGACGUGCGACAAGGCAUUUCGCUGUGUCACAUUUGAGUGCACGGUGCGGUAAAUGUUUUUUAACGCUGCAAAAAAAACCUUUUUCAUGCACUGUGCAGUGGCAACAACAAAAAAAAAACUGUGCGACGGCGGAGUUAUGGGUCAUGGUUGCACAGUGCGAUCGUGUUUUUUUGCCGCACAGUGCAAAGUCUUAGCCUUUUCAGCGAUAUGUUUUUUGACGCACGGUGCAAAAAUAAACUUUUUUCAUGCACUGUGCAGUGGCGACGUUACUGUUGCACAGUGCGGUCGUUUUUUUUUGUUGCACGGUGCAGACUAGAAAAAGUUUCUCGCACUGUGCGACGGCGGAGUUAUGGGCGAUGGCUGCACAGUGCAAGCUUUUUUUUUGCUGCACAGUGCAAAGUGGUAGCCUUUUCAGCGAUGAUUUUUUUUGCUACUAGGCGUUCCAGAAAGUGCGUGCACUUUUUGUCGUGGGCCGCACUGUGCACAAAAUUGCCUUCUUGCGGGGUGCAUUUGACCUUUUGCACCGUGCAAUUGCAAUAUCGCAGCGACGCAGGCUUUUCUCAACGGAGCCGGCGCGAUUUUUUAGAAAUUGCACAGUGCAAAAUGUUUCGAAUCGGAUCGCGUCGCGCGGGGAACCGAAAUUUUGCACUGUGCGGUGCAAAAAAGGCGGAAAAAAGUGCACGCACUUUCUGGAACGACUAGUACACUGUGCAAAAAAUAAACUUUUUUCAUGCACUGUGCAGUGGCGACGUUACUGUUGCACAGUGCGGUUGUUUUUUUUGUUGCACAGUGCAGAAUGGAAAAAAUUUUUUGCACUGUGCGUUGGUCUUUGCACAGUGCGGUGAUUUUUUUUGCUGCACUGUGCAAAAAAAAUGUUUCGCGCACUGUGCGACAUCAGGGUUACGGUUGCAUAGUGCAAGCAUUUUUUUGCUGCACGGUGCAAAAAUAAACUUUUUUAUGCACUGUGCAGUGGCGACAAAGCAUUUCGCUGUGUCAUAUUCGAGUGCACGGUGCGGUGAAAAUUUUGGUUUUUUGGCGUUGCACGGUGCAAAAAAACUUUUUUCACGCACUGUGCAGUGGCGACAAGAUUUUUUUAAAUCCCUGUCGCACAGUGCAAUAGUUUUUAAAAAUAUUAAAACUGUAAGUUAUUAAAGCCAAACGUAUUUUACCAGCUGAUAUCACUUCUCCACAACACCGAAAUAAAUGCACUUUUAUUGCUACUUGAAGCUUUGCGUGACAAAAGCGGCCAAAAAACGGAGCCGAAAAUUAGUUUAUUACACACGAACAAGUAAUUUCCCUUUUCCCAGCCUAUAAACUCAGGUUUUCGAGGCCCUCAGGCCAUUCGAAAGCUUAUUUUACUCUCGAUUUUGGGGGAAUUGCACUGUGCGAACCCUAUUUUUGAUCAUUGCACCGUGCAAAAACACAAAAAUUGGACUGCACCGUGCAAUCGAAAAAAUGGAAAAAUCUUGUUGCACAGUGCGAGAAAACGUAUUUUUGACCUCUGCACGGUGCGAAAUUUGUUUAAUUUACGCACAGUGCGGGAAAUUUUUGGGCAUUUUCGGACUGCACUGUACAGCCAAAACUUAAAAUUGCACUGCACUGUGCAAAAGAAAAAAAAAAUUGAAAAACUUGUUGCACAGUGCGAAAAACUUAUUUUUGACCUCUGCAUGGUGCGAAAUUUCGUUUAAUUUAUGCACAGUGCGGGAAAUUUUUGGGCAUUUUCGGACUGCACUGUGCAGUCAAAAAAGUAUUUUUUCUUAAUUUCUAUAACUUUUACUGGUCUAAAUUGUCGGUUAUGGUGGAAAAUAUUGUGUUAGCAUUACUGUGUAACUGUUUUUAACCUUAUUUUGUGUAAUUAUGCAAAUUUAUGCAAAUUUUAUAUUUUAAAAAUUUUUGAGUUUCUACCUAAAAUUUCCUUCUAAUUGGUUCUAAAUAGUCAUAAUAAUAAUUCUAUAGCAUUUUAAACUUAAUUUUCCCCUAGAAAAUGGCGUUUUCAGGCGAUGAACAUCGACCAGCCCUCUCAACGGAACCACGUGGAAUGGCACAAAUCCCUGGACGCCCUGCUCAAUGAACGUCAAGCCAUUGAUGCGUUCAGAGUGUGGCUUCGCUUGCAUCGACGCGACGACGCCUUGGACUUUUAUUUGGCCAUAAUCGCGUUUCGGAAACAUGUGAUGAAAAAGGACCAAAAAUCGAUGAAUAUGGCGUAUGCCAUGCAGAAAAAGUAUAUUUGGUAGGUAAAUUUUAGCUUUUCAGUAGUGGAGAGCUUCUGGGAACAAUCGAAGACCAUUAAUUUUGAGAGAAAGACAUUAAAGUUUAGGUUUUAAUCAAAUUUUUGUAUCUGAUGUCUAGUAUAAUAUAAAAAAGUGAUGAAAAAUGGUACAAUAGUGCAUAGAAGAGUGUAAAAAGGAAUAUGUAGCGUUUUGAAGUCAUUUUCGAUGCGAUCGGCUGUUCAAAACGCAAUGCCAAGAAAUCAGGGUUUUCGUGGCGGGACUCAGAAUUGAAACCUUAAAUUUGUAAAAUGGUGUUGCUUGUAACGCACACGGAAAAGGGAGCGUAUUUUAACUCAAAUUGACACCAUUUUUUACACGUCCAGAGUUUCGUGGUGGGACCAAAUUUUUUUCUGAAAUUAAAAAAAUUUUUUUCAAAAAUUUAAUUCAAGUUUUUUCAGCCCCAGAACAGGCCUUUGCGACUUCCUCCCACAAAAACUCCGUCAAGAAAUCUCGCACAAAGUGGUCCAAUACCGCGCCCGAAAACAAACCCCGCCAGUCGAUAUUUUCGACCGGCUCGCGCCCUACGUUUGGUCCUACCUUUGCGAGCAACACACCCUGUUCGUCAGUUCGAGUGAAUUCAACACGGUCGUGAAGGCGUCGGAAGCCGGAGGCAAUAAAAACAAAAUGGCGGAAAUCACGGCCCAGCGCAAUCAAACCGCCAAUUCGAGGGUACCCCCGUUGAUUGGGUUCGCGAAAUUCCGCUGCAGAGACUCGCAGAACACGUCGGAACGGCAGAGGUUCAGAGCCAAGUCGGAACCGCCCGCGAAACGGUAAGAAUUUGGGACUGGACGGGAGUGCACCGUGCGAAUUAAUUUUUAUUGCACUGUAAGAGGGGUAGUGAAUAUUGAAUUUUGAAAAGUUGUGAAAGCCAAUGCCUAGUGGUAAUACAUUUGUGGUAUUUCCGAUUUUUCUAUUUUUCGCUUCAAGGGUCCCCGAAUUUGCGAGUUGAAGUUAUUGCACAGUGCACAAAAGUUUUCAUUGCACUGUGCGAAAAAAAUAGACAGUACAAACUUAAAAAUUAGUAAAAACUAGUCGUAACUGUCUAAGAAACAGUAUUCUUCAAUCUUUUUUAUAUUUUUGCCUCAAGGGAUUUAGGAUUUCCGUUGUAAUCCGACUGCACAGUGCGCGAAAGUUUUCAUUGCACUGUGCGAAAAUACUAGGCAGUGCAAACUUGAAAAUGGUCAAGAACGAGUUGCCAGCAUCUCUGAAACAUUGUUCUGCAAUCUUUUUUAUAUUUUUUGCCUCAGGGGAUUCAAAAUUUCCAUUGAAAUCCCACUGCACAGUGCAGCUCAAAAAUUUCUCUGCACAGUGCGAGUUUUUUGUUACGAAAGAGUAAAAAAAUGAGAACAAGUGUUUCAGAAGUCAUUCUGCGGCCCUGCCAAGAAUCUGUCAUCUAUUUCCCUAAGGGCAUUUGAGAUUUUGCCUUCAAAUUUCACUGCACAGUGCAAUGAAAAAUCUUCGGUUGCAUGCAAUUUUAGGGCUUAGAAAAAUGUCUUUCUGAUUGUCAGAGGCUGUGUUUUUAUUUUGAAAUAAAAAAUAUGUCAUCAUGACAUAUUUUUUGGACGAUUUUUGAGAAUUUUUUUUUAGUUUUUGAAAUUUUAAAAAUUUUUUUAUGACUUUUCUACUAAUUUCAUACUGUAAAAAACUCGUUCCGUGCGACGAAAAGAUUGCCCAAACCGAUUAUAAAACCGAUACGCUCUGGGGAGACUGACGGAAGUAAACAAAAAAAAAUUUUUUUUUCUCGUCCUCCGAAAUUGGCUCGAAAAAUGCAGACGGGGAGGAUGUACAUCCCCAAACAAAACAUAUGCCCAUCUUUGCUCCCGCCAAUCUCUCGAGAGGCGCGAGGAUUCGCGGGAUUUUACGAAUUUUUUAUUGGAAUUUUCAUAAAUUUUGAGAAGUUUUCUGAAAAAUUUUGUUUCAGAUUGCCUAGAAAGGAUGAGGAGAUGAGACAGCACACACUGGACCAUCAGGAUUCCGACGACAACGAGUUUGUAAGUUGAAAAAAAAUUUUGAAAAUUUUGUAAAAUACGGAUAAAAAAGCUUUUAAAUCUGGCUGAAAAUUUGCAUAAAUAUAGAAAACAAAAUUUUUUAAGGCUUUUUAAUUUUUUUUAGAUUGCAAUUUGCAGAAAAAACCGAGAUUUUUUAAAUCAAAAUUUUCAAAAAAAAAAAUUUUCAAAAUUUUAAAAUCCAAAAAUUGGCAUUCUGUUUCAACCCCCUAGUUCAACCUUCCCACCAAAAAUCAAUUUUUUCCGCGCAAAAUUGGCCGAGAUAUAGCCAAAAAACCUUUUCUUUUCUCUCGCCGUCUCCUCAUUUUCCCUACUCUCUCCGAAAAAAGUUGUGUAAUAUCUGAGUGCCCGUUGGAUAUUGGGGGCUCAAAUUUUCAGACAUUGAUACAUGCUUUAUAUCGAGCAGGUAAACAGAAUUUGAAAGAGAUAUGAGCCUUUUUGUUCGAGAGACUUCCUUUUUUAAAAAAAUUGGAAAAAUCCAAAAAUUUUUUAUUUUACAGUAAUCCAGCAAGAUUUCUUUAUUGAAAAAACUGAUUAUUUUUACUCAAAACGUAUUUUACGUAGUUAAAAUUGAAAAUCCCACUUUUUUUAAUGAAAUAUGUCAUAAUGACGGGUUUUUUGGAAUUUCAAUUUUUCAAAUUUUCACUGAAAAAAGUCAUUUUUUUUUUGAUUUUAAGUCAAAAAAUGUUAAAUUUAGUUUUUAUUUUACAUUAUUUUAUUUAAAAUUUGAUUUUUUCCAUAUUUUCCGACCUUCCUUUAGGUGGAGCCCGAAGUCCCGGGCUCGUUUCCCAUUCGUCACGAGCACGAGGAGGAUCGCGAGCUUUUCGCGCGGAUCCUCAGCGAUCGCUUGGCCCCAAUCGCGCUUCAACAGCAGGACGAGGACCGCCGACGGGCCGAGAACGAGUUCCGGCUGGACUUGGGCGGGGACACGCCCAGCAGUUGGGACGAGGAGGACGCGAUCCCGCCCGAGGCGCUCUGCGAAUGGAGUCUGGCGCCGAGCGCGCGUGUGGCCCACACACGGGGCGCCAAGUUCAUGCAGAAGUCGGCGUCGAUUGCGUUUAGCGAGAGCAACGACCUGCACCCCUUCCAUCAGCAGCCGCCGGCUGCGCCCAGGCUCAAGAAGUUCGACUCGUUGAAUGGGCAUGCCUUCAGGCAUCCCUUCAUCAAAGAUCAUUUGUUCGCCGUUCACACACAUUUGGUGGCGCCGUUGAGCAAUAAGUACGGUAAUCCGGAGUGUCUACCGUAUCAUGCGCAAGCUCCGCCCCCUCCAGCCCCCGCGCAUGGAAAUACCUACGAUUUUAGUGAGAUGGACCGGCAGAUUAGAGGGUAAGGGAGUUGUUUUGAGUUGAAAUAGUUUUUUUUGUUCGGUUUAGAUUAGAAUGUUGAAAAGGAAACGAAUAAUCGGCAAAAAUCUAUCAAAAAUGUCUAGUGUAAUAUAAAAAAGUUAGCAUAGAACGGAAAAAAGAGUGGAAAUAGAGCUAUUACUAUUUAUUCUGACUUGUACUAGCUUUUUCUUUUUGAUUCAGCUCAUAAAUAUUGAAAUUGAGACCAAAAAAUCACCAAAAUAGACCAAAUGUGGCUAGUGUAAUAUAAAAUUUUGCACAUAGAGACUCUCAAUAAAUUUUAAAAUACGUUAUUAAUUGUUACAGUACAUUCUGGCACCCUUUGCACUCUAAUUUUGGCAUUGGAAUACAAUGCCAAGCGGAUUUAGGUUUUCGUGGUGGGACCCAAAAUGUGGGCCUAAACUUGCAAUUUUUUCGAAAAAAAACUAUAGAAAUAUGAAUUUCAGCUCCCGAUGUAACGUCUACCAACAAUUCAGCGACAGUUCUGGCUUCUGUUCGUCCGAAUCGGCGCAUUUACACUUGGCCGAACUGAAUGAACGAAAUCAACAACAAAAUAUUCGAAUUCCGAGGGAUAACUCGUUUCCUUUUGGUAAGCAAUGUUGUAAGAGCCUUAUAAAGUCUAUAUAAAUAUAGGGGGAGGUUAUCUUCCCACUUUUUGUUCUCAAAUUUAUAUUAUCCGUCAAUUUUUGAUGACUUUUCGACGAAAAAAUUGCAAAAUCUUAAAAAUAAGUUAGAGUUUUGGCUGAUUUUGAGUUUCAGUUUACUUAAAAUUUAUUUUGUCACAUUUAUGACACUUUAAUUUACAAUUAUCGACUUCUUUUUUUUCAAAUUUCGCGAUUUUUAUGGCAAAAAAUUUCAAAAAAAAAUUUUUUUUUUAACAUUUUUAAAUGACCCCUUACCAUGUAUAGAAACCACCAAUACUAUUUUUACCACGUUUAUUUUCAGAAUACCGCCAUUCCGAAGACCAAUUUCUGCCAGUUUCGUACAAGGACGAGAGCGGAGUGCCCUUUGUUUCGAGGGUUUACUCCCAUUCCAUGACGUUUGGACUGUUCAGGAAUCACUUUGGAAUCCCAGCGAGGACGUCUAAACGGUAAGAAAAAAAAUUUACAGGUUUUCAAAUAUUCAAAAAAAUCCGUCAUAAAGACUUUCUUUUUGAAUUUAAGUGAUUUUAAAUUAAAUUCCUGGGAAGAAGUACCGUAUUUUACGUUUUUGUGGUCUUCCCUUGGCCUCUCGACACCUGACAGUCUUCGUUUUUUUUAUAAGUUUUAUAAUUUUUUACUCAGUUUGUGGCAAAAUUCAAAAAAUACGUCAUCAUGACAUUGUUACAGCCCCGGCUGGUGUAGCGGAGGGGGUACUGUACAUUAGAUUAUAUAUGAUACUUACUUACCGAGUUCGGGGCCUGAUCCUGCCGUUUAUCCCCUAACUAGGGAAGUGUAAAUACGAACCCUCACCAAAUGAUAAGCGACAUACGUCAUUGAAGAGCCCUUGAAAAUGGUGCAAGGCACCAUUUUCAUUCUUUGCAGAAUGCCUUUCCGCGACGACAUACUGCAGUCGAUACAGCUUACAGUAUGCAUACUGUAAGCUGUAUUAUUUUUAGGCCAUUUUGCAACAAAAAUCUCCCUUUCUCUAGGACAGGAAAAAAUCCUCGGUGAGGGUUGCUUCAAUAGUGCAGUGGUUGCGGAGUCUGCUGAUAAGCCAAAACAAGCCAGGUUCAAUUCCCAACUUGGGCAAAAUCAUUUUUGCGUUCUUGCAGUUAGGAAAGUAUUUGCGCUAAAGUUUUACAAACGCUUUAAUUUUUCUGGAAGACGGUCGAUUACGGUUAAAAACAUCAAACCUACAUGUUUUUCAAGCUUAAAAAAAGUGAAAAGUGUUUUUUCACCUUAUGGGUAUUUAAAACCAGUAAAUAUCAUAUGUAAAAUGGUUUUACUGGCAAGCGCCAAACUUCAUAAUGAUUCUAAGGCCAACCUAGUAGCAAUACGUACCACUUAGCGUUUUAAAAUAACAUUUAUUUUGCCCCAUAGCAGAUAUUGCAACUACUUAAGGGACAAAUCAACCGUUUAUAACUUUUUGCCCUGAGGCAUUCUGCAAAAAAUGAAAAUGGUGCCUUGCACCAUUUUUCAAGGGCUUGCCAACGGUGUAUAACACUUGCCAUUUGGUGAGGGUUCGUUUGUACACUUCCCUAGUAAGGGAAAUAAUUACCUACAUUACAAUUCAUCUAUUACAUUUAUUGGUACUGAAUAAAAGAUACAUAAGACAUAAAACAAUUAUACAAUUACCCUUAAAACUCCCUCAUCACACCCUUUUCCUGAGAUCGGAGCGCUCGGUCCCCUUCCCAAAAACGGGGGCCGAUACGACUGAUUCUCCUCUCUUCUUUUCCGAGGAGUUCAGGUUGCGAUGAGUUUGCUGUAAUAGUAAACUCCUGUUAUGACGAGCCUGCGCCGUAACAACAUGUUUCAAAUAUAUCCACAUGUCAUUUUUGGAAGCUCUAUUUGCUGUAGACGAUUAAUAAUGAUCAGAAAAAAAUUAAGGUCACUAAUUAUUGCUGUUUAGGCUAUAGUUCGGUCAUGAUGACGGAUUUUUUGGAAAUUUUGUGAAUACUUCCAGAGAUGCUGGCAUGUCCGGCGUAUUUUACCAAUAGUUGACCAAGGUUGUGGUCAAAUUUUUUUUUUUUUUUUAUUUUUCUCUAUGCCCAAAAUUUGUCAUGAUGACACAUUUUUUGGAAAUUUUCUUUCACGAGAUGUUGGAAAACACGGCGUAUUUUACCGAUAGUUAAAUUAUAUAAGUUUGUGGUCAAAAAUUUUUUUUAUUUUUUUAUGCUCAAAAUACGUCAUGAUGACGGAUUUUUUGGAAAAUUUCAAAAAAAUUUUUUUUUUUUUUUGUUUUAUUUUAUUAUUUUUAUUGUGAAUCAAGUCAAAGUAACGCUUGAAAAAAGAUAUGUCAUUAUCAAAAUAUGGCAUUAUGACGGAUUUUUUGGCAAUUUUCAAAUUUUUUUUUUGGUAAAUCAAGAUAAAUUAACGCUGAAAAAUCUGCAGAUUCAUGUUCAAGAGCCCGUGCGAGGACGGCAGCGCCCCCUAUCAAUGGACCGUCGUCAUGGACGACCAAGUUGUCCUCCCAAUCUUCGAAGGCAAAGUCACCGCCGAAUGCCGAGAUCUCAUCGAAUUCGACAGACGGUAG